UGCGCUCGGUGUGGCGGGGCGGGCACGCGGCGGGGCCAUGGCGGACUACCUGAUCAGCGGCGGCACCGGCUACGUGCCCGACGACGGGCUGACGGCUCAGCAGCUCUUCAGCUGCGGCGAUGGCCUCACCUACAACGAUUUCCUCAUCCUCCCGGGGUACAUCGACUUCACGGCCGACCAGGUGGACCUGACCUCGGCGCUGACCAAGAGAAUCACCCUGAAGACGCCGCUGGUCUCCUCGCCCAUGGACACGGUCACCGAGGCCAGCAUGGCCAUCGCCAUGGCGCUGACCGGAGGAAUCGGGUUCAUCCACCACAACUGCACCCCGGAGUUCCAGGCCAACGAGGUGCGGAAGGUGAAGAAAUACGAGCAAGGAUUCAUCACAGACCCCGUGGUGCUGAGCCCCAAUGACCGAGUGCGAGAUGUGUUUGAAGCAAAAGCUCGUCAUGGAUUUUGUGGGAUUCCCAUCACGGACAAUGGGAAGAUGGGGGGCAAGCUGGUUGGGAUCAUCUCGUCCAGAGAUAUUGAUUUCCUGAAAGAGUCAGAGCAUGACCUGCCCCUCGGUGAGAUUAUGACAAAGCGGGAAGAUCUUGUUGUGGCCCCAGCUGGCGUAAUGUUGAAGGAAGCAAAUGAAAUUCUGCAAAGGAGUAAAAAAGGCAAGCUGCCAAUUGUUAAUGAAGAUGACGAGCUGGUGGCCAUCAUUGCCCGCACUGAUCUCAAGAAGAACAGGGAUUACCCUCUGGCUUCCAAGGAUGCCAAGAAGCAGCUGCUGUGCGGUGCCGCGAUCGGGACCCACGAGGAUGACAAGUACCGGCUGGACCUGCUGGUGCAGGCUGGCGUGGACGCCGUCGUGCUGGAUUCCUCUCAGGGGAAUUCCAUCUUCCAGAUCAAUAUGAUUAAAUAUAUUAAGGAGAAAUAUCCCAACCUACAAGUUAUUGGAGGAAACGUGGUGACUGCGGCUCAGGCCAAGAACCUGAUUGACGCUGGGGUUGAUGCCCUGAGGGUCGGGAUGGGCAGUGGCUCCAUCUGCAUCACACAGGAAGUGCUGGCGUGCGGCCGUCCCCAGGCCACGGCGGUGUACAAGGUGUCCGAGUACGCGCGCAGGUUCGGCGUCCCCGUCAUCGCCGACGGCGGCAUCCAGACGGUCGGGCACAUCGCCAAGGCCCUGGCACUGGGGGCCUCCACAGUGAUGAUGGGCUCUCUCCUGGCUGCCACCACGGAGGCCCCAGGCGAGUACUUCUUCUCGGAUGGCAUCAGGCUGAAGAAAUACCGCGGCAUGGGCUCCCUAGAUGCCAUGGACAAGAACUUGGGCAGCCAGAAUCGGUAUUUCAGUGAGACAGACAAAAUUAAAGUGGCCCAGGGGGUCUCCGGUGCAGUGCAAGACAAAGGCUCUAUCCAUAAAUUCAUUCCAUACCUUAUUGCUGGGAUCCAGCAUUCCUGCCAGGAUAUCGGUGCCAAGAGCCUGACCCAAGUCCGAGCCAUGAUGUACUCGGGAGAGCUGAAGUUUGAGAAGAGGACAACGUCUGCCCAGGUUGAAGGAGGGGUGCACGGCCUCCACUCGUAUGAGAAACGCCUCUUCUGAGAGAUCUGUGUCUGUCCCUGUGCCACCAGCCCUGCGCUGCUCUGCGUGGGAGCUGCUCUUGCUGCAGAAGUGCCAUUAUUCUGGGCUGCCUGGAGCUCCUGCUGUCCCUUGGCUGCUUCCUGACCACCCGCGGGGCCCGCCUUCCACCCCAGAGCCGUGAGCCUGGGCUGGAGCCUUGCACGUGUUGGCCAUGUUUUACAAUAAAAAUAUUAAAAUAUGUGCAGUUGGUAU